AGGUGGCGGUGGCGGCGGCGGAAGUGGCGGCGGUGGAAGUGGCGGUGGUGUUGCUGGUGUUGCUGGAGGAGGCCAGCCGGGGCCCGAGCCUGUCGACAGAGGCGUCAGGAUCCACGACGAGGACGACGAGGACAUCACCGAGAGAGAGGACGAGGAGGAGGACGAGGACCCUUGCAGCUCGCCGGAGGGGGACCUCGAAAACGAGCCGGAACCAAUGGAGGUUCAAACGUCGGCCGUCACCGCGGCGGCCGCGAAUCUCCACGCGCUGCGACAGCAUGUCUUCAAGAUGUCCGACUACUGGCAGCAGCCGCAACGGGGCCCGCCUCAGCACUCGCCGGGGAUACAGCAUAGCCCGAUAUCGAAUUCGACGCAGCAACAGCAACACCAGCAGGUGCAGCAGAUGCACAGCCCGCUGGGUCAGCAGCAGCAGCAACAGCAGCAGCAACAACAGCAGCAGCAGCAACAGCAGCAGCCGACCGGUGUGCCGCAGGUCCAGCAAGCUUCGAACGCCGGGCUAGGGCCGACGGCCAGCCCGCAGCAGCAGAUGCAGCAGCAACAGCAGCACGCGAUGUCGAUGAGCCAGCAGACGGCUCAGGCAGCGCAGCAUCAGUCUUCCCCGGCGCCGACGACGCCGUCUCCUCAGGCGGACCAUCAGAGCGCGAUCGCGUCCAGCAUGGCCCAGAGCCUGCACAACCUGGCGCAAGCACAACAAACCAUGUCGCAAGCCUCGAGUCCGUCGCUGGCCGUCCAGGCGGUCCAGGCGGCUCAGGCCCUCAACCAGAAUCUGGGACAGGCGCUGACCCAGGCGCUCUCGCAGAAUAUGCAGCAGAGCCUCGGCCAGACGUUGCAGCACAACCUGGCGCAAAGUUUGACGCCCAGCUUGUCGCCGCAGCAACAACAACAGCUGCUGAACCAGCCGCAGAAUCUCAGCCAGGCGAGCCAGAACCUACAGCAGAACAUGCAGAGCCAGGCGCAGAAUCUGUCGCAGACGUUGCAGCAACAGGCUCAGAACCUCACCCAGAACAUCGGGCAGAGCCUCAGCCAGCAGGCGCUGCAACAACAGGCCCAGAACCUCACGCAGAACCUGCAGCAACAGGCGCAGAACCUCACCCAGAACCUACAGCAACAGGCGCUGAACAUGGCCGGCACCAUCGCUCAGAACGGCGGCCUCGCCGGGAUGAACAUGUCCGCCAACCAGCAACAGAACUCCCAGAACUCGAUGCUGAGCCCCGGCGCCACCAGCCAGGACUCCCACGACGCCAUCACCGAGAAGCUCGUCAACGAGUUGCAGUCUCGUGCCUCUGCGGCGGGACUUGGAGGUGCGGGAGGCGCCGGCGGAGGCGGAGGAAUGGGCAACAUCAGCGAGCGCACCCUCGAGGAAUGCUGGUCCACCCUGCAACGAUUCUUCUCGCAGAUCUUCAUGCACAAGAGCGCGAUGCAGAUGCACGCGAGAGAGCUGGGUGCGGCGGGUGCCCUGACAGCGAGGCCAGGCGGCGGCGUGGCCGGCGGACUGGCGGGUCUCGGGCCGAUCGGCGUCGGCCCGGGCGGCAUGAUCGCCGGCAACGAGGUAAAGCCGCACCAGUGCCAGCAAUGCCUCAAGUCAUUCUCCAGCAACCACCAGCUCGUGCAGCACAUCAGGGUCCACACCGGCGAGAAACCGUACAAAUGCAGCUACUGCGACCGCAGGUUCAAGCAGCUCAGCCAUGUACAACAACAUACCCGCCUGCAUACGGGUGAACGACCGUACAAGUGCCAUCUACCGGAUUGCGGGCGGGCGUUCAUUCAGCUAUCGAAUUUGCAGCAGCACCUUCGGAAUCACGACGCCCAGGUGGAACGGGCGAAGAACCGGCCGUUCCAUUGCAGCAUCUGCGGCAAAGGCUUCGCCACAGAAUCCAGCCUUCGUACCCACACGUCGAAGGUCAGUCAUUGUUCCAAGUACCCAUGGCAACGAUUAAAGGAGUUGCAACAGCGUGUUGUGUUCCAGCAACACGCCACUCUGAUCGGCGGCCCGAACGCAACCAGCUGCCCCGUCUGCCACAAACUCUUCCUCAGCGGCGAGGCUCUUAUGGAGCACAUGAAGCACACCCACAAGGACCCGAAUGCCUCCGGCGUUGCCAUUCCCUCCGCUGACUGCACAACCUCCGUUGCCGGGGUUUACCUAGCGAAGCGACGGACCGCCAACCACCCGUGUCCAGUGUGCGGAAAACACUACGUCAACGAGGGUAGUCUUAGGAAGCACCUGGCCUGUCAUCCUGAGACCAGUCAGCUUAGCUCAAGCCUCAGGAUGUGGCCGUGCUCGGUGUGCCAAGCCGUCUUCACUCAUGAGAGCGGUUUGUUGAGUCACAUGGAGCACAUGAGAAUGGACCCGAAACACCAGUUCGCCGCGCAGUACGUUUUAAGCCGCGCGGCCGCCGAGAGGCGGGAAAGAGAGAUCCUCGCGUCUUCGAGUUUAGGUGCGGGAUUGGGUGUGUUGGGAAGCCAAACAGGCGGACCACAAAAUUUGCAACAACCACCGAUGUGUCCGUCGCCGUCGGCUCACUCGGACAGCAGCAGCGGAAACGGAAGACUAUCGUCGGCCGGUAGUGAACCUGACUUUUGCGCAGGUGCCGGUCUGCUGAACAAUAACAACAAUAAUAACAACAACAAUAUGGCGUCGCCGGGACCGAGCGGCAACAAGCUCAGCGAGAUGCUGAGGGCCGGCAACCAACCAGGGACGGCGCAACAGUACCACGACGAGAUGCAGUCGCAGCAGCAACGCAUGGCGGUGAUGGCGGCCGCGGUCGCGUCAGCGGGUUUGCAAAAUUCGGUGUCGCCGAAUCUAUCGCCGGUGGACAUGGCGUCGCUGGCGGCGGCGAUGAGGAUGGGCAACAACGGUGACAUGAGCGGGGGCGCGCAAGGAUCGACGGGACCGCAACAACAGGGAGUGCAAGCAACCGGACCAGAACAGACGCUGAGGAUGCACCAGGCGGAAGCCUUGUUGCGUUCUCAGGCGGAAGCCGCGCUAAGACUGGCUGUAACGCAGGCGGCGGCAGCGGCGGCGAGUUCUGCGGUCGGGGGCGACGUCAGACAUCACUUGGGACAGCAUAACGGAGGUAGCACUUCCGGCAUGCCGGGACAUCACACGAACCAACAGAUGUCCCAACAAGAUAACCUGCCAUCCGACCUUGGGGAAGCGCUACGACUGCAGGAGCAACGGCUAGAGCAGGCGCUGAGGCUUCACGGCGACCCGCGUGCGCUGAGUUUCACCUUACAGCACGUGGUCAACCAGCAGAACAACCAGCAACCCUGAAAAUUCAGUUACUACUGAGACGAGUGGACCCUUUGGACGUCCGAGCAGACGAGCCUGCAGCAGCAAGCUGAACGCCUGAACCAGCAGUCGCUGCAAACCAGCGAGCGACCCGCGUCCCUUGGCGAUCAACAGCAGCAGGCUUCGUCGAGCAUUGGUCUUCACCACCAUCAACAGCAGCAGCAGCAGCAGCAGCAACAGCAACAACAACAGCAGCAGCAACAACAGCAGCAGCAAUCGCAACAGCAGCAGCAGCAGCAGCAGCAGCUUCCGGAAGACCGCGGCGUCAAGAGGAAAGCCGACGAUAUGAUCGGUAACUCUGAGAACGUCUAAAGAAUCGACGUACGCGGACGAUCAACGAAUUGUCGAUCAUGCGAUCGUUUAUCGUCCUCUUACGGCGUUCGAGACGUCCAAUUGUGGUCACCCGCGCAAUCACUCAUGUCUCAGCAGUACAACUUAGAAUCUUUCUUGAAAGAUCGGCGAGAUCUCGGAAUGCCUCAGAGCAUUUUCCAAGGUCUCCCGGCACUUUGAAGCCCGGCCACGUUCGGUCACGUCGUGGCCGACCGAACCUGAUCGCCCGCUGAUCAAGCGGGCGAUGCACAAACAGACUUGAUACGUAUCUAGAAAUCCGUUAGACGGUGCGUGGCGAGGAGCGUCGCGGUGACGAUGGUCUUCUAGCGCAGCGGUCGCCUACGCACCGCUGAUCACGUUGUUCCUACUUCGGUCCUGGCUCCAGAGUUCCUAGAACGACCCUGAAUAUCGCUCGACCGUGAGCGUGGUCGGUCGAUCACGUGCCGUCGUUCCGACGGCCCGCCGUCGACGACGUUCCCCGUCGGGCGUGACGCGUUUUUUUUGCCGCGACGUCGCUCUUUCCGAAUUCUCAGGACGCGUUGUCACCGCGAGCAGCCCGCCACCCCUGAGACGUGCCAUAAUAUUAAUGAACCGCGACUGCUUAUAACUGACGCGCGGCCGGCGUCACGGCGUCCCGGUCCCGACCGGGCCCCGUUGCGCCGCGCCCGACGCGAGGUACUAUGGUUUUUUUAGUACAAGGGCCGAAAAGCGAGGGGCCGCGCGGUUCCCGGUGCCCGGCGAACCUUCGAUGCCGCGGCGGUAACCCGGGCCCGCGGUCCCAGGCUCAACAAACUAACCCGUAUACAUAUUAUACAUACCUACGAAACCAGUUUAAGGCACCUCCCCCACCCCCCCUAAUCUUAGCUCCCGUAACGUUUAAGGCAGACGAACAGACGCCGGAGACACGCGUCUGAGACGUGCGUAAACGCGGUCCAAGCUCUCGCGGGCCCGAUCGCGGGCCAGCGGGAGGAACGUCGCCGCGCGGUAUACAAGCGAAGAUAAGUCCCCUUCCCGUUCCAAUCGGACGGACAAACGCGAUUACAAAUCGAGAAGAAAGACGAUAUCGGUCUGACAAAACGAACGGGCGCGGCCGGGCCGUGUCGAGGCCCGGCACCCCGGAUUAGUGAUACAUUGUACACAAGCUGAGAAGCACACGAAGAGAGAAAGACCGCCUCCCGUGCGGAGGAGAGUGCAUACGUAUCUAACGGACACGUAUAUAUACAUACACAAGCAUAUACCUGUACAUACGUACCUGCAUAUGUACAUGUAUAUGCAUAUAUAUAAAUAAAUGUAUAUGUAUACAUACAAGAAGUGCACACGAGGAACACACAAUCACACACGAGUGCUCGCACACCGAGCGCGCACACACAAUGAACACACACAUCUUGUACACACACACACAACACGGCGAAACUUACUCGAGACGUAAGGAUUUAAAUAGAAAUGCGCGCAACUUGUGCUGGUCGUCAGCACGGAAACUAUUAGCUCGUAAGCGGACAAACAAAAUAUAAUUAUUACAAACAGUUAUAUUAUAUAUAUUAUAUAUACAUACAGAGAGUCUGGAGUGUAUGAUGCAGAGAGACAAAACGAAGAAAAAAUUUUUAGGAGGGCGGCGGCGAGGUCGGGAGGGAAAUUAGAGACACACACGGCCUGGCCGCUGUUUGUGCCCCCUCCCCGUUGUACACGUGCACAGUUUUCGAUAAAAUCGAGGGCCACGGUUCGACCGCGAGAGGAUGUAUUGUACAUGAGAUGAGAAGAACGAGCGAUAUACAAACGAGAUGACCGGCGUCUCACGCGAGCGUAACGCGUAGCGGUGGAAACGCUCGCGGGAGCUCGCGCAAGAUGCCGGAGGUGACAGCGGUUUCGCGAACCAUGUGGCGGUGAAGAAUCGACGAUAGAGAACUGAGGAUGCACAGAGAGUAAGAGAGAAAUAAAAAACUAAAUGCUAAAUAUUAUAUAUAUUAUAUAUAUAUAAAUAUUAUAAAUAAUAAAUAUAGGGUCUAUGAGACUAGGAUAUAAAUUAGGCGAAAAAGAGGAUAUUCGAGCGACUGUGCACGCGUGCCUGUGCAGUUGUACACGAUCCCGAGCAACCGUCGACCAGAGAAAGAUAACGAAAGAGAGGAAGAAACAAGGGAGGAAGACUGUGGAGACGGAAAAGAGAGAGAGAACGAGAGGAAGAGAGAGAUAGAGAGAGAGACAGAGAGAAAGUGAGAGACCACGAGUGCAACAGGGGAAAUAUUCGUGAAUGAACGGCCUCGGGAUGGUCGCGUACGUGCACGGGCACGCGAUUAUGCGAAUGCGAAGCUGCGCGAAAGGGAAUGUGCUUCGUGAGCAUCAAGGAUGGAGCGAAUGCGCGAAAAAAUGCGAGCCGUGAACGCCAGCUUGAGAGAGAACGAAUGGGAACGAGCGCAUGGGAGAGAGAGCAUGCGAGAGAGAUUUUAGUGUGGCGUGCUUCAGGUAAUCUGAGGUCCUGUGAUCGUUAUAAGCAAAAUAUUUUUUUAUUUCCGGGUAUAAUAAUCUGAACGCGUAAAAAUAAUUGCGUCGUUUCGAACUUUUACUUGCAAUAUACCGUUACGUUCUCGCAAUACUUAGAAAGAAGAAGAAGAAUAAAGAUGAACGAAGAAGAAGAAGGAGAAACGGAACAGAAGGUGGAUCAAUUUUAUUAAAAACGGAGCAAAAAAAAGAAAACGAAAGCACACGAGAAAAGAUGAAAAAACGUAAGGUACACAUGAGAAAUCGUGGCGAGGAAUAGCAUUAAUUGAGAUGAAAGGUAAAAUCGCGAACAAAAAUGAAAAAAUAACAAAAAGAGCUACGAAGAUGAGGAUGACGAGGGAGAGGAAAAGAGGAAGGAAACUUUCGAGUACAAUCCGGUUGAAAAAAUUAGUCGAGCAGAGUCCAGUAGGUUUUUUCGAAGCGAACGUUUAGAGAGAAGACUCGGACCAGUCCCCUGAUCGACCCCCCAUCAAAAAAUAUACACGCGCACGAUACCUCUUUGUGAUAACACCCCAUUAAUCUCGAGCCCCCGCGUGCUAUCCCCCGUUUCCAGACCUUUUUCUACUAUUCCUGGACAGUCCGUAACUUUUUCGAUGGGGUUUACUUUCGACGUGAUCAGCUGAAAGCAUUUUUGCACGAAAACUAGAGAGAGAGAGAGAAAGAGAAAGUAAGAGAGAAAGAUAGAGACGCGUUUUUCCCUUUUGGAACUCGAUCUUGACCGAGAAAGUGCUUGUAUUUUCGAAAAAAAUCGGCGGACAGUUAGAGGCGGUCCGAAGUAAAAGAAUUCGAAAACUGGAGGCGAUCGUGAAAAUUCGUUGGGACGGAACAAAAAGGCAUAUAAUUCACCCGCGACAACGUUCGACUCCUUCGUUUCUUCGACUGACAAUCGCGGACCGAAGAGCGCGGAACAAAUCUUUUGUACCGCGCCGAAAUUUUGUCCCUCCCGGUGACCCUCGUCGAGACUUUUCGUUCCGUGGCCAAUUUUUCCGUAUGCUCUGGAUGAUGUGAAUAAUAUGAUCGGGAUUCGAGUCAAAAUUCAUGCAAAAUUUCUCGGGAGAUCGCGAAAGAAGACAAACCUCCGCGUCCCGAAUUCUCCGUUCCUCUUCGGGGAACAUCCCAUCCUCCCAUUCGACCCCCAUUGUUCGCCACUUACGAAAGUAGCCUAACGUCGUCAUCUUCGUUGAACGUAAAGAGAUCGUGAAAAAAAAUCAAUGGAAAAACGAAAAGAAAAAAUACGAAAGACACGCGCCGAGAAGCCGCCGGUAAAGCCAGGCUUUUUCACCGUCUGGAACGAGAGAAGAAAAGUUUGCUAAAGAAUUCAUCGUCAAAGCUACAUUUAACGGUCGCACCCGCCUGACGGCGACCGGAAACCGACCGAUCCCGUGCCGAUCCUGAGUCACCAUCUUUGUUCGAAGACUCUCGGAGCAUACCCGAAACUAAAAAAAAAAAAGAAGAAACAGAAUCCAAAUGCAACUUUCUAGCGUCCAAAAAUCUAUUUUUCUCACAGACAAAAGACACGAUGGCGAGCACUAAAGUAAACGAUGACGAGGAGAAGGAGUAGGAGGAGAUGGAAGAAAUUCUGCAGCUUUGGAAGUCGAAAGAAAAAGAGACGAGGAUCGGCGAGGAUCGCGAUCGACUUCCGGCGCCGUGUCACGCUGGUCGAUCCAUUGAUCGUUCUUAUUAUAACAAGUUUUUGCGUUACAGGGCGUUUUUUCCUCGGAUUAAGUAGUAUGUAAAUACACCUUGAUAUCACAAGCAUAAACUGAGAAUUUACUGGUAAACUUAAAUCGAGUACAUAAUGCGAAAUAGGGUUAGUUUCUAUGUAAAUACCUAAAGCUGGACGAGUGCAUACACCUCGUUCACGCAACCAACGAUAAUCGUUUUUAUCGAACCAGUGCUUCUGUUCGUCGUCGGUGUACGCCUGGUCGUUGGCGGUCGCCCUUAUGCGAAAGCUAAAACACGAUCCGCCUGAUCGCCCGAUCCCGCAAGAAUCGUGCGAGCAGCUAGCAUAAGUGCGUUCCCCAAGAAAUGGGCGUCGCUGAUCGGGAAGUUUUUUUUUCUCGACACUGAUACACACUCAUACACAGAUUCACACACAAGGGACACACGCUCACGUACACAACAAGCAUUGCGAUGGAUUGUACAGCUACGAUAGGAUAGAUAUGUAUUAAGCCUAAAGGACAAAAGGAAAAAAAAAUGAUGAACACAAUUCUUCACACACUCGCACCAAACCGGCACCGAGACUAGCCUCCAAAUUAGGACAGGGACCAAAAACAAAAAGAGAAAGACGACGACAGGAAAACAAAACCAGCGAUCGAGGAGCAAAAAAAAUGGAAAACUGGAAAAAAUGGGAAAACAAGAAACACACGCGUUCGGCGAACAUUCUUUUUUCGAGGAGGAUACUUUUACGUCUUUUCGGGUACCACGCGCAUACAUCAUUCCACACGAGCGAUCGAGCGAAACCAUUAUAUACACACACACACGAGUGAUAUUCGGCCACGUUUCCGGAGGUGUGUUCGUAUAGAAAAAAAAACGCGACAGCGGAUUUGCUUGUUUCGGGAUUCGUUUGUUUCGAAAACGCUGCGACGCUGCUCGGGAAACUGCUAGUAGAAUAGGAUGCUUUGCGGUCGGACUCGUUACUCGAGAGAAAGGUUACCAUCUGGAACGAUUCGAUGACGAAUGAUCAGAGGAAGAUAGACAGAGAAAAAGAGAGAGAGAGAGAGAUGUAACCGUGUACGAUUCGCUUAGGUCCAGCAUCGAGCAGUUUCGACGGCAGGUCGCAGCAAUUUUUUCAAAAUCGCAAACUUAACUGAUCGGCGAGAGGCAAAAUUGACAGUCCACGGUCCCUCGACAAAACGAGCAGGCGAAGAAAACGUAAUCAUCGGGAGAAACGGCAAAAAAAAUGGUGCACGAAUACAGGAGCGGAGGAAAUUAUACGAAGAGAAGAAGGCAAAAAGGAAGAGCGUAUUCUGGAAAACAAAACCACCCACUUUUCACCGUCGCUAUCGCCGUUUAUCAGCAGAACAGAGAAACGAACAUCGAAAUCCAAAUUCACAGUGUGAGAGAAGAACGAGAGAAAGAGUGAGAAAGAAAGGGAGAGAGAGAAAGAGAGAGAGAGAGAGUGUGAGACAGUGAGAAAGAGAUGAUAUACACAGGAGGGAAGAAAAAUUCUUAUUCAACAGCAUAUUAAACAAAAAAAAUACAAUCAGAAACACUACAGACGCCCGCACAACAACAACAACAACUACAACAACAACAAUAACGUCGAGAUCCUUCAUGACACGGUGAUAAGUCGCGUCGCGACGGAGAAGAGACGAUUCAGCAAACACACACAAUACACACACGACGGUCAUGAAACGAUUCCGAGACGACAGCUUUUCACAAGGUGCAUCCUACCGUGCGCCGAGGGUUGCUUUUGUUGAUUCAGCGCAGAUGAGUAAAAAAAAGAAAAAAAAAUGGAAAAGAAAAGAAGAAUAAAAGCGAUAACCGGAAGAACGGAGAGCUAACGAAGGUUUCGUUUCUUUCGAGCGAGCACAGCGAUGAGAAAAAAAAAAUGUCGAUUCGAGAAAUCGGUGGAAGAGAAAAAAAGAAAAAGAAGAAGAAAACUCGGUGAAGAAGAGAAUUCGCGGCCAUUCGAAGACAAAAGAAACUUACGGGGCAGCAGCCGACACAACAACUUCUCCCCAAACCCCCCGCACACGUCACACCCCCGCGCGAGAAGGAGGAAUGAUUCCCGAGGCGCCGGCCCGUGCCCCGCGAACGUGUACCAUAUUUUAUUAAAAAAUCAACAAAAAAAAAAUAACGAUGAAUAACGAUGUUUUUAAACCAAACACACAAGCAAACAAUUAAACAAUAGCUCUAGUAGUGUAUGUUCUGUAAUCGAAGAAUGAUAAGCGCGAAGGUAAACGAGGUAAAUAAAUAAACGUAACAAGUAAACAGUAAUUACGAUGAUGAAGUAACGUAAACUAACGAGAUAAAGCUAACGAAAUAAAAUAAAGAAAAAAAAACAAUCGCGGCGCGAUGCAAACGCGCGCCGCGAUGAAAAAGCACAAAAAAAUAAUUUACAAAUAUAUUGAUUUACAUAUGCCCGUAACUCGUAAGCGGGCCGGUGGCGCAGCGCGUCUACCUUCGCCGGAUUUUCCACGCACCUGGCGCUGUUUACGGAACAACCGGAAGCCACUGUCGACGAAGACCGAUGGGAUCGCAGAGGAACCAAGAUCAGGAUCCCCGUAGUCGGGAGACGAUACGAAGGAAGAACCAUCCCGACGAAGGAAGAAAAAGAAGAAGAAGAAGACGACGAAGAAGAAGAAGAUUCGACGGAGUCCGGCCUGGCGGAAAGAAGAAACGCGCGGAAGAACAGAACGACGCUCGUCGUCGGAUCUCGACUCUCUCGGUUGCUCGGCACACUCGCGACGAUACAGAGGCGGAGUGUGCGAAGAGGCUAAAUGUUUCGCGAACGACGGACGAUCAAGCGGAUUCGCUUCUGUCGCGAGAUCGAGGGGAGGAAGAGUGAGGCGGCGAGCGGCCGAGAGCCGGACGCGGAGUUCCUCUUCGGUGGAAGAAGAAAGGUGAUACCUCGGCGACGACGACAGGCCAAGCAUAUAAAUAUAUGGCGGACAGGCGAGCUGAUAACGAAGAGCGAGCCGUAACGGUGGAGAAUCGACCGGCAGAACGGGAGCACGCGUCCUGCAAAACCAGCCCUUACUACUACCCAUAAUCUUAAUCUCUUUCAUGUAAAUUUGCUAAAUGUUUAAAUAAUCUAAAAAAAAUGCCAUAGCCCGGAUGCGCUGGUGUAUACUCCCAGCGCAUACACACUCACAAAUACGACUCGACCUCACGAAUUUAACGAUGCAAAAGUUUAAAUCCGCGCGCGCGCGCCGUAGCGACUGCGGCCGCCGCGCGGUGGAAUUGGUAUUCUCGCCAAGGAGCGAACAGUUCACAACAGUGCACAGAAUCACAGACAAAGCACAGACACGAAGAAGAGAGACAGCGAGAGGAGAUGGAGGAGGAGGAUGAUGAUGGAAGAAGAAGAAGACAAGUGCCGGGACCGAGGCGGGGACAGGGCCCGGAAAGCGGCGCGGUGAAGCGGGUUUUUUUACUACCGUCGCGAGAAGCAAGACGACGGGGACGCGCCGCUAUGGGGUGUCCCUCCGCGAGGUCCCGGCCGACCUUACUCACAAUAGAAAGUUGCCCUGGUUCUUAGAGCGUGCAACCCCGCGCGCUCGCACACUUCUCAAUACACGACGCGUUGACACGCGUCGAUUCUACACUUCACAUCUACACAGCGACACGAGCGGACAAGAGAGGGUUUACAGACUUGCUACACUUCUACACACUUCUCUACACUUUAACUACACACGCUACGGAUAUGUAAAGCCAAUUGAUUUUGUAAAUUGUCGAUUUAGAGCGAAUCAAAAACGAAAAAAAAGCGGAAAAAUACGAGAGAAAGAGAUAUCGAACGAAAUUCUUUCGGUGAACAAAUCUAAACUUUGAACUUGUACGGAGAUGAAAUAGGAGGGAAAGAGAUAGAGAGAGAGGAUGAGAGAGAGAGAGAGAGGCGGAUGAUAGAACAAAUUGAUCAUUCAGAACGAUACGAUUCGGCCAAUAAUAUUCAUGGGAAACAUUUUUCGAGCAAAAUAUAUCGCAUAGAGACACGGUACCUUUUGUCAGCAGAGUGAAAAUACACGUUGACGAUCGUGAAUCAAGGAGAGCGGAACGUUCCCGACCGGGUCGGUUCGUUCGCGCUUAUCGGGAAUCGUUUCGGCGGGUCCUUUCGACAGAUUUUCGUUUAGAAUUGGGAGAGUAAAAAAAACAGUCAAAAUUAAUAGCAGAAACGAUUCGUUGCGAAGAGGCGCGAACGGAACGCGGUAGGAACGUUCCGCGUCGGAAUUCGCGGCCUUUGGCAUACGUUUGGAUGCAGAACCGAUUACGACUGAACGGCGAUCGUUUCGGCGAUCGCCGACAUCGCAUCCCGGACUUGACUAGCCAAGAAACCCGGAAGUGACGCGACUAAUCGGCGAGUAGUUUCGCAAGGAAAUCUCGUCGAUGCAACGUCGACAAAAUGACACGCUGGACACAGGCUUCGAUCCUCGCCGAGAGAGAAGAGCCAGAUCUCGGGAGGAUAGCCUGUUGAUCGUUCAGCGACAACGAUAGACCGACCCCAAAGUGUAAUAACGAACCGAACAUCAUCCUAAGCAGAUUAGGCAUACAACGGCGUUAGGAGGAGAGCCGUUGUUCCGAAUUCGCGGCUUUAUAAGCAAAAACCGUUGAUUUGUUUUCGAUCGGGUUUUAAUUUUUUGAUGAAAUAAUCUCACGACGAAUAUACCACGUACGGUCGCGCGCUCUUAUCGAUCCCCGAGACGUUGCAGUCUGGCGAGAGAGAAAGAGAGAAAGAGAGAAGAGAGACAUAGACGCAGAGAGAAAGAGAGAGAGGAAGAGAAAGAAAGAGAAAGCACAAAAAUAUCUGUUGAACGAGGCAUGUAACGCAGCAAUAGUAGCGACGUUCAAGCACGUCGAUCAGCGAAACAUCAAAAACAGUAGAGAGAGAGAGAAGGAAAGAGAGAGGAGGAGAUGGUGAGAGUGAAGGGAGAGAGAGAGAGAGAGAGAGAGGGUGCGAAAAAUUAGCAGCAAAAAAGACGAGACACGUAUGUGGAUAUUCGUGGCAGUGUGUAUCGUAAGUGCGCAGCAUAUGAUAAAACCGACAGUCUAGCAGUGCGAGCGCCUCGGCGGCAUUCGCGUUUUCACGCGGUGUCCUCGACCGAGCCUCCGUGAUUAAAAACCGGAAUAAGUUGUUUCAAUGUCCACUAUAUAAUGAAGAGGCAUAGCUGGCGAAGCGGUGGGUUCGCGUUCGCCGUCACCGAGACGCUCGAGGACGCGAUUUUCCGCUCGGUCCAGAAAUCGACGAGAUCGAUGACGCGUCUCGCCGAUCGUCUGGCUCGCAGCAUCCGGAAAACCGCACGAAAUCCUCUGGGCGUUGUUCACAACGAGAUGGAGGCUGCGAAAUCAUCCCCGGAGUUUGAAGAACGACCAUUGCGUUCUGUUCCGCGAGCUGGCCAAAAAAAGAAAAAAAAAACA